CUCACCUCCCGAGUACCGAGUCCCCUCGUCAUCAAUUCAACGCUCCCAAGCCUCCCCACUCUACCUCUUACCAUGUUCUCUCUUCGAGCGGCUCUUCAGACCUCGCGGGUGGCCUCCCGCCAGGCUCUCAAUGUCCCCAGGGCUGCUGCUGUCCGGACUUAUGCCCAGGCCGCUCCAGCUUCGACCAAGCCGCCUGUGGCCUUGUUCGGUCUUGACGGCACCUACGCCAGCGCUCUGUACACUGCCGCCGCCAAGCAGUCUUCGCUCGACAACGCCGCCAAGGCUCUGACCCAAUUGAGCGACAUCUUCAAGAAGGAUGCGAAGCUCGCAACCGUCCUUUCCGCCCCCUCGCUCACCGCCGAAGACAAGGCCGCUAUCGUCUCUGAGUUGCACAAGCACGUUGGCGCCGACAAGACCGACACCGUCAAGAACUUCCUCACCACCCUUGCGGAGAACAACCGUCUCGGCCUGCUCGAGGGCGUGUGCGACAAGUUCGCUACCCUCAUCGGUGCGCACAAGGGCGAGAUUGAGCUCGUUGUUACCAGCGCUUCGCCCCUUGACAACAAGACCCUCAACCGCCUCGAGACUGCCAUCUCCAAGUCCCAGUACGUUGGCCAGGGCAAGAAGCUCAAGGUUGUCCCUAAGGUCAACCCCGACAUCAAGGGUGGACUGGUCGUCGAGAUUGGCGACCGCACCAUCGACCUCAGCGUGUCGUCCAAGCUCGCCAAGAUGAACAAGCUCCUCACUGACGCUUUGUAAAUGACUGGACUCCUAUCGUUGUUCAUUAGUUAGGGAGCGUGACCUUCCUUUCUUUUCCUCUCUGAUCCCCCUGCUUUCUUUUGAUCUCUCGCCCCUAGGCCCAUCAGUCGGCCAUAGAGAGAAACCUGAGAGACCGAGAGACUAAGAGCAGGAAAAGAGGAAAGGAAAAGGAAAGUAGUUGUUGGAAGGGCAUUUUUUUCAUGUAGAGUGUCAUAGCAUUUGAAGAACUCGAAUUAUGACAAAUAUAACCUUAUUGCUGCUUGUAAA